AUGGCUGCGGCACAGCAACAUCACCAUUACACGACAUCGAAACAAGGUCAAAUCAAGCUCAUGGGCCUUAUGCAAGGGGUUAGUCACGUCGCCGUUGGAGAAGGUGACAGCUGA